AUGACGACCGAGGAAAAGACACCUGCUCAUGUCAGCCAAGAUGCUGCAACAUCUCUGGAGAGCGGCCUUAUGCCAGAGAUCAGCAAAGUGGAUAAUGUGGCCGUUGAAAAGAAAGAUGCGGUUUUGUCCAAGAAAAUGUAUCUCAUCAACAACGCGAUCGAUGAAAUUGGAUUUACUUGGUACCACGCAAAACUGUUCUGCAUCGCAGGAUAUGGGUAUUCUGUCGACUCACAAAUGGAAAUGAUUCAGUCUUCUGUCCAUAAAUAUGUCGCGUAUCAGUUUGGAACUGCAUUUCCUAUCGACACUGAAAUUGCGUAUGCUGGAUUGAUUAUUGGAUCUAUUUUCUGGGGUUUCGGUGGCGACCUUAUUGGAAGAAGAUUAUGUUUCAACAGCUCUUUGCUUCUGACUUCUAUGUUUGGAUUUUUGGCCGGCGGCAUGAGUUCUAUGUCCACCUACUGCAUUUUUGUGGCUCUUGCUAACUUCAGUGCGGGUGGAAACUUGGCAAUGGACGUUGCUGUGUUUUUGGAGUAUCUCCCAUUCAAGUACCAGUACUUGAACACUGUCAUGGCAGCAUGGUGGGGAGUCGGUCAAACAACUACCAACCUUUUAGCCUGGGCGUUUCUGCCAAACUUCUCCUGUAGCAGCGCUGAUUACUGCCCUUCAAGCAUCAACAGAGGAUGGAGAUACACCUGGUAUGUCAACAGUGCAAUUGUUCUGGCCUCUGGCUUGCUUCGUCUCUUCUGGUUUAAGCUUGACGAAACUCCUAAAUUCUUGGUGUCUGUUGGAAGAGAUGCCGAAGCAGUUGAGAAUUUGCAGAAACUUGCCAGAAAAUACAAUCGCAAAUGCUCUUUGACAUUGGAACAACUUCAGGAGUGUGGUGAUAUUUCCUCUGAAUACUACACAGCCUCUGAAGACGGGUGGGAUCCGAAGAAAAUUCUCUCGAUCGUCCGUCACCACUGCAAAAUUCUGUACCAAGAUAAGAUUAACGCAUGGUCCACAAGCUUAAUUUUACUCUCAUGGCUCUUCAUUGGUAUUUCCUACAGUGUUUUCUACAACUUCCUCUAUAUCUAUAUUGCUUCUCAUGGAGGAGAUACGGGAAGCUCUACCUACAUUGUCUACAGAAACUCGUCUUUGGCGAACUUUGUGGGUAUUUUUGGUCCUAUAGUUGCAGGAUAUAUCAUUCUUCUGCCGAGGGUCGGUAGAAGGUAUACGAUGAGUUUUGGAGCAUUGGCUACCAUGGCAAUUCUAUUUGGUUACACAACUGUGCGGACAGCGUCAGGAGACGCAGGAUUCAGUUCUGCUACUUACUUCUUCAUCAACAUUUACUAUGGAUGCUUGUAUGCUUACACGCCAGAGGUGCUUCCAGCACAAGCCCGGGGUACGGGUGUCGGGCUUGCUUUGGUGGCUGCAAGAGUCUCUGGGGCUUUCUCGCCAGUCACUUACUGGUAUGGACAAAAAUCAGGUUCUUCGAUCCCAAUUUGGGUUUGUGGAGGAAUCAUUGGAUCUUUGGGUAUAAUAUCGGCCCUGCUUCCAUUUGAACCGUCGAAACAACGUUCUGUUUAG